AUCCUACCCUGGUUCCUGCUACGAGCGGAGGCUGAAGGGGCUGGGCUCGCACUGGAGAAAUGGCGAGUAUGGAGAGGCAGGACGGGCGUGGAGUGGAAACACCGAGCCCAGAGCCCCCGACAUUGGCCCGGACAGCGGCCAGAUGGGGAUCACAACACGCGGGGGCCCGGGAACUAGCCAAUUUAUACUCGCCAGGCAAAAGGUGUCAGGAGUGGAUAAGUGUCAUCCUUUGCUUUUCUCUAAUGGCCUUUAACUUCAUUCACCUCCUCGCCAAUUUCCACCUGGGCCAUGUGUGGUAUAUUUUGUUGGGCAUUGUUGCAGGAAUCCUGACAGCAGACUUUGCCUCGGGGCUCGUUCACUGGGGAGCAGAUACAUGGGGGUCUGUGGAUUUGCCUGUUUUUGGAAAAGCUUUUAUAAGGCCAUUCAGAGAGCACCACAUCGACCCCACAGCCAUCACACGGCACGACUUCAUCGAGACCAAUGGAGACAACUGUAUGCUCACCCUGGUCCCUUUAGCUAACAUGGCCUUUAACUUCCUCACUCUCUCUCCUGCGGAGAUCUACCAUAUCUACCCAUUCUACUGCUACUUAUUUGCACUGGGCAUUUUUGUGACGCUGACGAACCAGAUCCACAAAUGGUCGCACACGUACUUUGGGCUGCCUCGCUGGGUCGUGUUUUUGCAGGACUGUCACAUCAUCCUCCCCCGAAAGCACCACCGCAUCCACCAUGUAGCCCCACAUGAGACCUACUUCUGCAUCACAACAGGUUGGCUGAAUUACCCUUUGGAAAAACUGGGAUUCUGGAGAAACCUGGAGGAUCUGAUCCAAGGAGUGACGGGAGAGAAGCCCAGAGCAGAUGACUUAAAGUGGGCUCAGAAAGUCAAAUAACUGCCCCCUACCUCAGAAGACAGUGGUCAUUUUCAGGCCUCUCAUCCCUCUUAUGCCUGUUUAAAACGUAUUGGAAAAGGAAAUCUAACCAUUUUGAUGCCAUAGCUUUAAGUAUUGCACAUUUUAUCUAAUCUUCAGGAGGAGGGCUUUAUUGAUGGAGUAUGUCUCACUGCAGACCUUUGAUGUUUGCAGGGCCUAUAUCUUUUUACAUACUAACAUGACACAUCAUACUGUUUUUGCUCAAAAAGGUUGGUCAAAGAAAAAGAUAAAUCACUCAAAUAUCCAAACAAAUACUUGAAAAAUGAAAAAUACUAUUCACAACUGAGAUAGAGUAUACUUGAUAAAUCUCAGUUGCUCCUCUUAAAAUAGGAAAUGACAAACAAUGGCAGUCUGUGCUAAAAAUAGUGACUCGGAGCAAAACCAAUGUUGAAAGCAAAUGAACAAAUAGGUUACUGUUACAUUUAAUUCUUUAAAAAACGUGAAAAUAUUUAGGUUAAAAGCCACACACCUCUGGGAAAGAUAUUGGGUCAAAAAUAGCAUUUAAAGGUUACUGAUAAGAUGUGAAAAGAAAGAGCACAUGAUACAUUACUAUAAUACAUAUGAAGUCAAUAUAACUUUCUUCUGUAGGUCAGUCUCUCACACAGCUAACAUAUUUCACCUUUUUAUCUGGUGAAUUUAGAAGCUCACAUGUUCAUAUAUUUUAUCUUGUUUCAUUUACAAGAGGAACAUGUUUCCUACCAAUCUGCCUUAUGUACUUCUGAUGCAGUAAUGAUACUGAGGUUUAAGCAGCAUCUGAUGAGUAGCAGUUUCCUCUUUCUGAGAAUAAGGUCUCAGAAUGAGCUCCACUGAAUUGUGCCAAACCUAAACGCAUGAUCCCACUCUCAAAGGUGAAAUGUAGACUGACCAGCUUCGGUUUCAGGGCUAAACAUGCACAAGUAAUGUCCACUGACUAUUGCCUUGGCAUUGCCAUAUUGGUUUGGGCUUCAGUGAAGUUUGAAGAUCCACAAACAUCUCCACUUUGUAAAGUAGAAACAUUGUGUCCUCUUUUUCUAUUUGUAAAUGUGGUGUACAGCCGUUAACUAUGCAGCAGAGUAGGAUGCCCGUACCUUUAUGUCUUAAAUUUAGGGUUUGAUUCAAAUGCCUUUAUUUUUUACUUCACAGUGAGCAACAAGUAGAGAAAUGGAGCUCAUUUACAACAGCAUGACAGCAUUUCUUUAGAUGCUUAGAUGUCACAAACAGACAUCAGGUUGCAUGCAUUUGGCAUGUUGGCUUGUGCAAGCAAUACACUCAGUCACCAACCUCUAUGGGAUAACACUCCUGAUGACACUCCAAGGGAAAAUGAAGGCCCACCAAAGCAAAUACCUCAAAGGGUUUAAGAAACGACAGAUUUACAAGAAUCCUAUAAUAGGAUACUGUACAAAUUAAAAACAGUUCUAAUUUGCUUUAUGUAUUCCAGUUUUGAAUCCUUCUACUUGAUUCUUGUAUAUAAUAGGUCAAUGAUCAGAGUACACUGCAGAUUGCACAUUGUUGGUUGGGUGUUUUUAGGAAAGCUCCUCUUUGCUUCAUGAUGUGAUGUAAGCAAAGUGUUGGGUGAUCAAAAGUUUGAAUUCCUGCUUGGAGCUUUUUCAUUGUUAUAGGGAUGCGUUUAUUUUGUGUUGUGGCUUAAAUACUGAUUAAACAUAGGUGAUGAUAGCUAUUAAAGAAAACAUCAACCAUGCCAUAAACUGUAAACUUUGUAAAUUAAACUGGAUUAUUUAGAAAUAAGCCAUAAUACUACAAAGUUUGUGAACAUAAUCAUUUUAAAUGAGAAAAAUAUUUUAUUUAAAAUUUUGCAUUUAUAACUUGCUAAUCUGAGGACCACACUAGGUGAUCUAGUUUAUAAUGUAGCAUUGGUGUCAAGUGCUAAAAAUACAGCUGCUGUUUUUGAAGCGCAGUAGUUUGUCGUUGUCAGCUCUUUGCUAAAAAUGAAAAGGAUUCGAGCCUGAGGUUUCACUUAAGCAAUAGAUUCAAUCGAAGCUUGAUUUUUCAAAGAGGUUUUUGUGGAUACCUGCUUCAAGACAGCUCCUGUCAAGUUCAAAAACCUGUUUCUCUUUGCAUAUAAAGUUAUUACGGUGAGGAUGUUUUCUAUUUUGUUGGGUGACAAAAUUGUAUUGUACUUGUGUAAAAUAAUCAGUUGUUCUUGAAUGGCCUUAUCCCCCUUUACUGUAACUUGCCAGCAUUAUAGGAAGCAAUCCACUGAUUUGAAAAUGUCAUAUUCAAGCCCCAUUUGGAUGUGAUGGGUGGUUGCCAAUGGAGGAUUUAGAUAUCAGAAUAAUGCCUUGAUGCCUUUCAGUUGUCUUCUAUUUGGAAGACUUGUACAUAUUGAAAAAUAUUUAUAAAUAAACUGCUACACCAAUGUU